ACUUUGGGAAAUUCUGGAAAAUUUAAAUGGGUAUGCAUACAUUCUAUGAGUUGUUGCUAAAAAUUCAUGAACAAAACCUUUUAUCAGUCUCUGCAAAUCAGCUUCAUCUUUUUCAUGUCUGGGUGCAGGUAUUGGUUUGGGCUGAGAUAUAAUUUUGUGUGCUCUACUCUCAACAUUGAAAUUCCUGAAAGGAUUGGAUAUCAUAGAAAAUGCUUUACCCAUGUUUGUUAGGUUAUAUAAUGUUCAGGCGAAAGAGCACAAUUUUGUCAUCCUUAGGUGUUAGAUGUUCAUUUGUAAGUAAUAAGCCACGCCUCCUUUAAAAAUAAAAUAAAAAACCUGAGAGAUCCCCCAGAGAAAAUACAGUAGGACUUUUUAGUUCUGAAAAAAAAAUCUUGAAAUAUUUUCUAACAGUAGCGUGUAUCCAGAACCAAAACGUAUUUUUUUAAAUGUCACUAAAUUGAAAUAUUGAAGGUGAGGUGAUGUGGUGAUUACUAACAGUUUGAACACAUGUUAUAGGUUAUAGUGUUUUUUUAUUUUCAAUUAUUCGUCUGGAUUUCAUGUUUUCCUGUUGGUUUUUCGAAAAUAUUUCAAGAUGUGAUUGAUUUAUUUGUAUGAAUGUUAUCAUGAUACGCCUAUGACCUUUGCUUUGUGGAAUGCUGAAGUGUUGCCAACCAGAACAUGUAACAUGUUGUCAAAAUGGUGCAAGGAAAAUCACUUCUUUAAUAACCACUAUGAAAAUGGAAUUCUUAUUCCCAGAGCAUUUCAAAAAUCUAUAUUAGAUCAUCUGAAUUAUUUCAUUAAACAUCAAUAAGUAAUUUCCGCAGGAAGUUUACGAUUAUAAUUUAUAUUUUUGGUUUUCUUAAGUUGGCAGAUUCUGGAAUUUGACACUGUGUAAGAUGGCUGACAAGUGAUUCCUAAACCUCACACAAUUUUCUUUGUUUUCAUUGAAGUUUUUGGUUAUUUUAGUGCUCUAAAAAACAAAUUAUGAUUCAAUGUUUAAUUGGUGAAUAGCUAAUUUAUUACAUGAAGCGAAAUAAAACAUUGCAGGAGCCAGGAGAGUUCGAAAGAAGUGUUUAAAGUGCUGUGGAAUUUCACCAUAUAGUAGAUGAGAGAUGGACUUGACACUAAAAUCUGUCAUUUCUUAAAAGUUCAGCAAAUACAAAUUCCUUUUGCAUAUAUUGAAGUCCAACUUACCGACGGAAAAGAUCAAACAGUUUUCCCCCGAUGUGACCGCCCUCCAUUAUGGGCCAGCAGCCCCACCUCCACCGCCUCCUCAACAUGAUGAACGGCAACGCCAAUGCGAGCGCCCCCUCGGCGCGCUCGCCGGGCUACCACCAGAAGGCCAUGGAGGAGAUCCAAAAUUCUUUGAGGCCUUUUGCGAAGAGCGAGGCGAUGAGCAGCAGCGCGGCCAGUACGGUGAGCAGUUUUUCGGCGACGAGUGGGGUUAGUUCGUCGAGCAACGCGUCGGAGAAGGACGUGAUGCAGCUGAGGCAGAUGGGGUAUUCGGAGGAAUCGUCGAUCCGCGCCCUCCAACUGUCCAACGGCCGCCUCGAUAUCGCCCUCGACCUCCUCGCGGGCGGCAAACAGUCAUCGCUGGACGGCAAACCCUCCUCGGGCGGCUACACGAAGCUCAUCCGCAAGCCGAGCAUCGAGCGGGAAUUGGCGAUGAUGGCGCGCGCCUCGCCCGCCCUGGACAGCGGGGCGGGCAGCUCGAGGUCGGACAGCCCGCGGCUGGGGCCCGACAUACACACCAGAUACUCGCCGAGCUUCAACGAACCUCCGCCGCCGCCCCCGCCGCGCACCACUCCCCCACCCCCGCCGCCCCACCACCAGCCGGUGCCGAGCAACGUGCAGCAGAUGUUCAAGCGGAUGUCGCCUGCGCAGGCGCCCGCCGUGCCUCAGAGGCCGCCCAACGUCGGGGCGUACGGCUCGCCGGCCUUGCAACAGCGAGGCACGAGUCCUGUGAGCAGCAUCUCCUCCACCUCCUCGGGCCGUCCCCAGCCGAUGGUCGUGCAGAAUAGUCCGCAGGUGCAGCAACAGCUGUCGCAGCAGAUGCAGGCGCUCAGCCUGUACCAGCUGGGAGGCGGCGGCAGCGGCGGCGGUGGUGGUGGUGGGGGAGGUGGCGGCGGGUCGGGGGGCUCGGGGGGGUCGUCGAACGUGGAGCCGCCGCCGCCGUAUCCGCUGAUGGCGGGGGGCGGGGGAGGCGGGCCGCCCCCGCCGCCGCCCUCGUAUUCGGCGUCGAUACAGAACAGGCAGAGCCCGACGCAGGAUUUCCGGAAGAGUCCGUCUUCGGGGAUUUAUUCGGGAUCCCCGAGCCCCGUCCCGAUGACGUCGUCUACGGUGCCGCCCCCCUCGCCGCUGCAGGCGUGGGCGGCCCGCCAGACCGUCUCCCAGCCGCCCGUCAUCAUGCAAUCGGUGAAGAGCACGCAGGUGCAGAAGCCGGUGCUGCAGACGGCGAUCGCGCCGACCGCGCCGCAAGCGGCCGUGCAGCAGCAAGCCGGCGCCGGUCAACAGCAGGCGGCGCCGACUGCGGGAGCGCCGCCGCCUUCGUAUACGGCGUCGUUGCAACAGAAAGGAUACACGAACGGCACGAAACCGGCCGCUCCGCUGCCUCCCUCGACCGCCCCCAGUCCCGCCCCCCAACCCGCCGCCGUCGCCGUCCCCACCACCGAACCGCCCAGCUACGCCAGCACCAUGCAGGCGAAAGCGAAGGCGCAACGGGCCCUACCGCCGCCGCCUCCCUACUCCGACGAUGCGCACGUGCACACCGUCUACAGCACGAUGGACGGGCCGACGAGAGGCGGGGCAGGCGGUCAUCCGCCCCUCCAAAGGAAGUACUCGCCGGUGGUCAACAGCAAUAGUAAUAAUAAUGACGGGCGGUCGGAUAGUCCGCAUUCGACGGGGAGCGGGGAUAGUAGGACGCAGUACGGGGACGGGGUGCCGCCGCUGCCUCCGACCGCUUCGUCUUCCGUCAAGAACAACAACGUAUGUGCCCACCACCACCCGCCCACCAACGGCACGGGCGAGGGCGGGCCGCCACCCAACGUGCCGCCGCACAUGCCGCCCCACGUGAAAAUCAAACACCAAUCGCCCAUACCGGAGCGGAAGAAGAUCAGCAAGGAGAAGGAGGAGGAGCGCAGGGACGGCAAGGUGAAGAACUAUUCGCCGCAGGCGUUCAAGUUCUUCAUGGAGCAGCACAUCGAGAAUGUCAUCAAGUCGUACAGGCAAAGGAUGUUCAGGAGGAUGCAGCUGGAGAAGGAGAUGAACAAGAUCGGAUUGAGUCCCGAGGCACAGAUGCAGAUGAGGAAGAUGCUGUCCCAAAAGGAAUCGAAUUACAUCAGAUUGAAGCGGGCGAAGAUGGACAAGAGCAUGUUCGUCCGGAUAAAACCUAUAGGUGUGGGGGCUUUCGGCGAAGUCACCCUGGUCCGGAAGAUCGACACCAAUCACCUCUAUGCGAUGAAGACCCUGAGGAAAGCCGACGUGCUGAAGAGGAACCAGGUGGCGCACGUGAAAGCGGAGCGUGACAUCCUGGCCGAGGCCGACAACGAGUGGGUGGUCAAACUGUACUACUCGUUUCAGGACUCGGACAUCCUGUACUUCGUCAUGGACUACAUACCCGGCGGGGAUUUGAUGUCGCUGCUCAUCAAGUUGGGCAUCUUCGAGGAGAGUCUAGCCAGAUUUUACAUAGCGGAAUUGACGUGCGCCGUCGAAAGUGUCCACAAGAUGGGCUUCAUCCAUAGGGACAUCAAGCCCGACAACAUUUUGAUAGACAAAGACGGGCACAUCAAGUUGACGGACUUCGGUCUGUGCACGGGUUUCCGUUGGACGCAUAAUUCCAAGUAUUACCAACCGAAUGGCGACCACAACCGGCAAGACUCGAUGGACCCCAUUGAGGACUGGAACGAGGAGUGCAAGUGCAAAAGCCUGAAGCCUUUGGAAAGGCGUAGGCGGCGCGAACACCGCUGCCUCGCUCACUCGCUCGUCGGCACGCCCAACUAUAUAGCGCCCGAGGUGCUGCAAAGGACCGGCUACACGCACGUGUGCGACUGGUGGAGCGUGGGCGUUAUCUUGUACGAGAUGCUGGUGGGGCAGCCCCCCUUCUUGGCCAACACGCCCGCCGAGACGCAGUACAAGGUGGUCGGUACGCCCAACUACAUAGCGCCCGAUGUACUGCAAAAGAUCGGCUACACGCACGUAUGCGACUGGUGGGGCGUGGUCGUCAUUUGUACGAGAUGUUGGUGGGGCAGCUGCCUCUCUUGGCCAACACGCCCGCCGAGACGCAGUAAAAGCGCGGACAAGCGAGUGGGCAAGAACGCCAGCGAGGUGAAGCAGCACCCGUUCUUCCGGUCGAUCGACUUCGAGCGGGGGCUGCGCAGACAGGCGGCGCCCCACAAGCCGCGCAUCGACUAUCCGACCGACACGUCGAACUUUGAUCCGAUCGAUCCUGAUCGGUUGCGGAAUUCGGCGUCGUUGGAUUCGAGCACGAGGUUCUUCGACGACGGCGGUCUGGCGGCCUUCAACAAAAUCAACUUGGACGACAAUGACAACCAGGGCGGGCCCGUCUACGUAUGACGAGCGGCGGGUCCUCGCAUCACGGGGUGGAACCCCGAAUGAUUGGUCGUCGUCGCGAGGGCCGGCGCCUGCGCGGAAGGCCCGGCUCUCUUUUUCUCCUCCCUCCUCCUCCCUCCCACUCCUCCAACCAUUUUUACGAGUGAGCUUGGAUGGCAAGGAAAAUUGAAUAUCCGGUGAUUUAACUGUAAGUAUGAAUUCUUGAAGAGUUUGAAAUUAAUUUAAUGGAAUGAAGGAAAUUGGAGUUAGAUGUACGCACUGCCUCAUACUAAUAUAUAAAACUAAAAGUCGUGUGUGGAUUUUUUGUAAACAAAAAUAUAUAUUAUUAUGGCAAUAAAAUAUGAUAGUGAAAUUUUAUCUAUUAUUAUUAUUUUUUUGUUGAAAAAGCUGUGUUAUAAUUAGGAAUUGGAUUAUCAUAACAAUAGGUUUUGCUCAUUGUAUGCUUAAAAUGUCGAUAUAAGAAUAUUUAUUUACUUCCAAUCAAUAUUUUUCUUUAUAACACUAACUAGUAUCUAAGUAUGAAUUAAUUUUAAAAUAUAAUUUUUCUAGUCUAUCGAUUUUUUAUUAUCUGAAUAUUUAUCCAUUUUAGAUAUUAUUUAAUAAUCAUAUAUAUAACUUGUUAAAAGGAACUUGAAAUGCCGAAAAUCAUGAGUUGGACAGAGAAAAAUGAAACCUAAUAAAAUAAUCUUGAAUAUUUCCGAAAUUUGUGUAAUAUUCCUAGAGCAUUAUGUAUUCCCAGCAAAUGGAAAUCAGAAUUAUGAGAGUAGAACUGAAAACCAGAAAUUAAUGAUUCUGGAAAAAGUAAACCUCAACAUUUUCCAGCUGAACGAAUAAAAAUCCAAAAUACUAAAAGGAAAAAAAAAUGUUAUUGGUUAAUACCUAUGAUGGAAUACAACAAAAAAGUGUGAUUAUAUCUUGUCUCUGUUCUGUUCAAAUUGAUUUAACGCUUCUAAAUAUUUCAUUGUCCAACUCUUGAUUUACUUGGAAUUGUAAGUUUUAUUUUUCGAGUUUUUAAUUGUGACUGUGUUCCUGAUUGCAGAGUAGAUUGAUAAAAAAAGUCACUUCACAAUCUGAUGUCGCAUGUGGAAUAAAGUGCCUUAUUGUUAGUUUGCAGUAUUGUACAUGUGUGUAAAUAUAUAUUUUUGAAAGAAGA